AUAUUAGGAUGUAAGCGUCUGUACUUUGAGCGCGUAAAUCAGUUAACAAAGUAACGGCACAGUUGAAUGAAACAGCUUUUAGUCCGCAAACUGAGCCGUUCAACACGCUUUCAACCGUUCUCUUGUAGAGUACGCCAGUUGGGUAUAUGAGCCAUAUGCAAGAUUGUCGAAAGUGCCUACCUUUGAUCUCGUUAUGGAUAAAUUGCGAUUAUUGUUUGGUCAACUUACAUCCCUACUCCCAUCAUCUGACUUCUCCGAUCCGGAUCCUUGUAUUCGACUUCGUGAAGGAGUUGAAGCGUAUGUACAAAAGUCUAAUGAUGAAAACUUACUGUUUGACCUUAAUGGCACAGAAGUUCAUGAGGCAUUUUAUUAUUGCUGUCUUAAUUUUCUCUGCGCUUGUAAUGACUUUUAUGAAAACAAUGCAACCAACAGUAGCACUGAUAUUCCUAUUUUCAGUGUGUUUCAGGAAAAACAGUUGUCUUCAUGCCUUCAAUUUGUUGUCGCAUUUGGCGUUUAUCCGCUUUUAGAAACCGGAGUUUCGUUGCCCUUAAGUAUGCGUUUGGAAAAUACUGAAAAGUUCAUCUGUCCUCGGAAGGAAAAAGAUGAAGAAAGAAUUGAAAAACUGAUGAAGAUUAUCAAGUGUCUGCUUUGCUUGAGAGAGUCUAAAUCUUUUCAGUUACAACGAUUAGUCAGCACCACUUCAUUUUUGGGUGAUUUAAUUGCAAGUUUAUUUCAAUGUGCUUUCGGAAUGGAUUCAUAUUUACGAAGUAAUGAUUUCACUUCUGAAAGAGUUUCUUCGUUAAUGGCAUACAUUCGUGAGUCUCGAAAAAUUCUUUGGAAACUGUUGCUUGAGCUACCACGUCACAUUGCAAUGAAAGAAUUAAUGAUUCUUCAAGGUGGUACACAUAUUCGUGUUAAGGGAGCUGUUCAGUUACCCAAAGCACCAAUCUGGUUACGUAAAUCUUGUGGUCGUGUACUAUCCCGUUUGUUGGUCCAUCCAGUUAUAAGUAAUACGAAUGUUGAAAAAUCUGAAGAUGCCCAAAAUUUAGGUGUUAGAAGCUUGUUACUAGCUUCUCUGUCUCUUUGUCCUGGGAUAUUACCUUCGACUGGUCCGAUCACUUCGAUUGAUCCACGUAUUCAACCAAAAAUGAUUUCAACAUUGACGAAUAUUUUAACAACAAUCCCCGAAUUUCUUCAUAAUUCCUCGAAUGAUUUGGCCAGUGGAUCAAGUUAUGAAAAAUAUUUUUCAUUGGUUUCUGUUCAGUUGUUAGAAAUAAUUAAUGCCAAGAAUAAUACCAUGCCAAAUACUCAAACGGAUUCAUUAGCUGUUACUCAUUUCUUUUAUAAUGUUGCCAUAAAAUCAGUGCAUGAUCUAUGCGAGAAAUCUUCUAAAAUUAAUGGUAAUGAUGAUAAUAUUGGUAAAAAAUUAUUACUUUGGCCAUUGAUUGGGUUAUUAAGAAAAUUUUGUCAGAUAUCUUCAGUUGUCUCAGAAAACGAGUCAGUAAACGAUAACUCCUUGGCAUUCGAUUUUACUACAAAAUGUCAACUUGCCUCACAUCAUGAUAUAGCUCGGCUAUUACAAAUUAUAAAAGAUCUAUUGGAUUGUCCUGAGCCAUCUCAAAUUGUUAUAGCAGAAUUAUGUAGAUUGUCUAGACCAUUAUUUAUGUUGUUUGCACAAACAAUUGAAGAUGAAGAUAACGUUAAUGAUUCAGAGAGCUUUAAUUCACUCAAAAAAUUUUUAAUUUGGAUUCUUACUCGUCUGUUAUCUUCUGACUUGAAUUCUCGUCUCAAUCGUUUGUCAUUAAUACGUAGUUGGUUUAAUCUACCUGCUCCAUCCUUGAAAUUUAUGCCAUCAGAACUACAACAUGAAGUGUCAAUUAUGAGUAGUACAACUGAUUGGCUUUCAGCUUAUUCAUGUCAAGAAAAUCUAAUGUUUAGAUUAUUAUCCAAAGUUCAGCCUGUUGAAUCUUCAUCCACAUCUCUAGAUGAAAUUACAAUGAAAAAACAUAAUUCAGUCUAUGUACCAUAUACUUGUGUCAUAAUGAACGAGAAAUUACCUACUAUUAAUGGGAUACAGAAUUUAUCUUCCAGUAUCAAAAGUCUUAUCACAUUGCUUUUUUGUAUGAGUCCAUCUUCAUUUCAAAAUAAUUCUAAUGAACAAGUUGGACAUCAUUUGCAUAUUCUGAUAGACGAAAAACAAAGUGAGAAAAAUCAAAUUAACGAGAUCACUACUCAUGCAGAUCUUUUUUUGAGUUUAUUGACAGAUAUACAUUUUACUUUCCAAGCCAUUUUUAAAUCAAUAAAUGAAGUUCUUAUACCACAGAAUGAAAAAGAUAUCAUUGAGAUUGGAACUGUUUCUUCAUUGAUUACUACUGCUAUGAUUGAAAGUUUAGAUGAUUUAAUAUGGCCUCAAAAUAUCAAUCAAGCUUGCAAUUUGUUUGAGGCAUUGUUCCAUCGUUUCUGCUGUUUACUUCAACAUGCUGAAAAUCAUGAACAUGUGGAGUUUUUAUAUCAAAUGUUAAGUCAAUUGUUAGGAAUCUUAGCCUUUUAUGCUAAUAAACUUAAGUCUACUAGAGAUAAUGAAAUAAUAACUGCUCGAGAUGAAUUCAGUCGUUUAUUGCCAAUUUUAAAUAAGUUGGAACUUGUUAUCAACUCUAUAUCACACUCAAUGAGCAAUUCAACUUUAAAUCUUCUACAAUGUAUUAAAGUUACAUUAGCCACACGUGGAGCUAUUCCUUGUCAUGAUUCUUUUUCAACUACGUCUGUAAAUAAUUUGUAUUUUACUAAAUGUAAUAUUGACAAAGUAAAAGCUGAAACCCAUCAAUCGGAAUGUCCUCGAGAAAUUAUCGAAGAAGUUACUGUCUCCAAUCCCCAGGAUGUGCAGCAAUCUGCUUGCAAUCAGCUAGAGGAUCCAACUUUGAAGAGGAUUUUCGAAGAGUUACAUGAUCCUUUGAUUCCUGUCCAAGGCCAUGCAUUGAUUGUGCUUAGUCGGUUGUUGGAAUCCAGAGACUCAUGUAUUUGGGGCCAUGAACAACUCAUAUUUGAAGUUUUAACUAAAUAUUUGUCACAUACAGAUAGUUAUAUUUAUUUGAAUGUGAUUCGAUGCCUAUCAGCUAUGGGCUGUACAUUAACGGACAAAGUAUUAAAUCUACUGUUAAAUCAAUUCACCAAGAGCGUGCAGACUACCAAUAAACCAUCAAAUUCUAUUGGUACCAUUGUCACUAGUACUACUGGCGAUUAUGAUAUUGAAUAUAAAUUGAAAUUAGCUGAAUCUAUAAUGCGUGUUUUGUCAAAUUUAGGUAGUCUUUUUAUUGUUAUUUAUGAAAAUAAUUUAUUAUAAAUUAUUGGUUAAUUGUUUUGUUUUUCUUUGAAUAAAUUUAACUUUGUUUAUGUGUGUUUUGCAAAUUAUUAUCUUUGAUUUAUACGAAUAUUCGUCAAGAUCAGAACGAAUAGUUUGACAGAAAUUGGACGCCGAAUAUUGAGAAGUCAUUAUAUGUGAAAAUUAUAUUUGAAAUAAUCUCAGAGAUUGAAGUUUAAAUAAUCCGAACGUUUCGUCCAGCUAACUUGUCUGAACUUCUUCAAGGUCCAGAUUAUUAUCUUUGACAAUUUUCAACACGACUGUCUUGUUGGAAUUUGAACCAAGACAGAAUUGUAUCAAACUGUAGUGUUUCUGUGUUUUUGUCUUCCAUUCAUCAUAUAAACUUUGAUGCAUUAAAUAUGUUUCGGGCUAAAUCUUCAAAAAAGAAAAUAAUAUUAAUAUUUGUAUUGAUAUUUUAAGGUGAAAUGGCACCAAAGUAUCGAACAGAGGUAUUUAACUCUUUUGUCAUGGGAUCUAAGUCAUCUGAAGAGUUAAUACGAGCAGCUUGUCUUUCGAAUAUUGCUGAGCUUGUUCGAUUGUUAAAAUAUUCUGUUCAACCAAUCGUUUAUGAGGUGAGUGAGUGGUUUCUAUCUUAUUAUCUCUGAUAAUCAGCUUAUUAUGAAUCGAAAUAUUUUUGCUAGUCAGUGAUUUGAGUGAUUUUAAAACAGCAUAUUCAAUCGUAUGAUAUUACUUCACUUGUAACCAGGUGAAACAAGAACAAUAUACGUAACUUCAUAGGUUGUGCAUUGAGUGAUUAGUAUUUUAAAUGAAUGCAGAUGGAUAUUUAAGCGAAAGUUCUAAAAGUAUUGCUUCUUCGAUGUGGCGAAUACCUCUAUCUAUUCAUAAGUAAGUAGUGUAUCGAUAACACAAUCUCCAUAGAACUUCGACUUCAAAUUAUUUUUGCUUCUUGCCGUUUGGUGUCAUACUAACUUGUCAUGCGAAUAGGUCAACAUUUACACCAUAAUUGUCUUUCUUAUCUAUGACAUCAUUGUUAUUUGUACCCUUCUCAUAAAAUGUUGUCCCUUGUUUAUUCUAAAACAGUUCAUCGUUCUUUGGUGAAAAUUCGAAUGUAAGUAUGUUUUUCCGAUCUCUAAGAAGAUUAUUGUAAUCACCAGCUUAACAUCAAUUCAAUAAACCAUAAGUUCAUGUACACCUGUUUCGCUCUUACACGACCUCAGAAAUCAGAUGAACGUGAUUUUCAGAUUUUUCAACAAUUAUGAUACUAUCAACUGUAUAAUUAAUUUCCUGUAGUGUAACUUUGAUUCAAUAUCCUAAUUAGGGUGUAUAGUGGGAAACCUCCUCAUUGGAACACUCAACUUGAUGAAAGCUCUUGAUAUUUUAUCACAGACUGUUUUCACUAAGUUUAACAUUAAAAAGUUGUUAUUAUUACUUUUGAGAUAUUUUGUAAUUCUUUUAUUAAAAAAUGAAAGCGUUUCGGCGAAGAAAAAAUAUUUUUCGACGAUGUUGUUUUCUUGAGCUGUAUAAUCGUAUUUCUAGGUAACUUUCUACUUUUUGUGAUUCAUAAUAAAAUAGAGGUGUAUUACAAAAUUAUCAGUAUGAGGACUUGUGGAGAUGGUAGUAUUUUAACAUUUGAUUUCACGAGUGGAUCUAAGCUAGACUACCAUAGAAAACCUGGAAGCAGUGGACGGUCGUUUCAUCGUAGUAUGAGGCUCAUCAGUAGUUCACAUCCACGAUCCCGCACUCGGGACUCUAACCCAUGACUCUCAGUCUCGCGCGAAUGCCCAACCUCUAAACUACUGACUCGGCAUCAAACGCUGUUAAUGUCUAACUCCAGCUGUUAAAAUAUUACAGGAUGACCAUAGAUAGCUAAAUGUGUUCAGGGAUCAAAUGUAAAAGUUUAUAAAAAUUAUGUGUUCCUGCAUAAUGUAGUGAAGUCAAAGACUACAAAAUGAUGUCAAUUAUUGAAUGGAAUAGCUUAUAAGUGAAAGGAUUAUUUCGAAGUAACUAAAGUUAUUGAAGGUUUCCAAGUAUUGAAUGAAAUGGAGGCUGAAUCAUUUAAUAAAGUGAUCAAAGAUUACGAAGAAAUUAAGUUAUGUAACGGUGUCAUAUGUAUUAGUAAAUAAUAAUCUAUACAAUAAAUGAAAAAGACAACUGCCUAUAUUGUAAAGAAGAUAAUAAUUAACAUUUAUAGUUUUUAAAAUUGGAUGGAAGCUAUGACCAUGGAAAAACAAGGGAUUGAACGUAACUUUUGUACAAAGAGGUUUGAUUCGAAAUGACGAAAUGUUUUAUAGCCUCAGCUGUGCACAAAUUGCUAAUUCAAAUCUCUUUCGAGCUAGUUCUUGUAACUAUAUAGAUAAUCUUGAAGCACAAUUCUCGUGGUGGCAUAUGACCGGAGUUAACCAUGUGUUCAAUGAUUGAACUGCUGAUCUGUUUGCAUUCUCAUUCCGAAAGCCAUUCAAGUUAGUGUACAAAUAUACAAAGUUUGCGUUUUAUCUUAGUCUUUUUAGUCAAAAGUCAUCUGCACUAGCCACGAACCUGUUUCUCUUCUUUAUUUUGAGUAAAAAGGACUAAUAAUCCAGUUAUUUACUUAGGAAUGUUUGGACGUGACAUUUGCUUAUUCACUUUUUCUAUUCCUCUACUUUAGCUUUAUGUAUCAAUGAAAUGAGUAACUAUAAUUGCUGAUGGUUGUCGCAUGAAUACGUUGAAUGUUUAUUCAGAUAAGAAAUACUGAAUGGUUUUUACAGUUUCUCCUGGUUUCUUUUUUCCUAGUAUUUCUAUUUUAUUCUAUCCUUACAGAUUUUUUUGUUGAUCGAAUUUCAUCUAUCUCAAGAUGUAUCAAAUUUAGUUCGUAAAGCUUCAGCAUAUUUAGCACGCUCUUUAUUCUUAUCAGAAAUUAGUACCACCGAAUUACCUGCCUGGAUUCCAUCUGAUGUGAUUCGUGACCUUCAUAGGCUAUUGUCAACACGUCGAAUCAUUGAAAAGGAUUCAUCUGUACAGGAACAAAUUGAAUCAGCUCUUGCUCAAAUAGAUUUAUGUACACGAAAUACUGUGUUUUUGAAACCUGAUAGUCCAUCUAAUCUUGUAAAACAAAUACAUAUUUUAAACCU